ACUGCAGAUCCCAGUGGGUAAAGCUACAUUAUUGAGCCAGUAAAGACAGUCAGCACUUCAUCCCGGGAAAGAACAGCCAGAGGCUCCCAACUUUUUAGUCAUCCAUCAGCGGGACUAAACUUAAAAUGUAGGGAUGCCAGGCAGCCACUGGCACAUCUGGGGGGGCUCUGCCGGGGAAAGUGGAGACAUAGCUAGCCCACUGCUUCCUUCCACAGCUGUGCAAAGAGGAGUCAAUGAGGUGGGUCACAUGGCUUUUCAGGAAUGUGGUCGAUGUGCAUGGGUGGAGGGGGAGGCGAGAAAGCUGGCUCCCCAGCCCAGUGACCUACCCUUUCCAGCCAGCUGCAAGGAAACAGGCAGAAAGAGCGACCAAUAGCCUCUCGACGAGGUUCCCUCAGCCCGCCAAUCACAGAGUCCUCAAGUAAGGGGGAAUAAAGAGAGAGAGAGAGAGAGAGAGAAGAAAAUGCUGCCUUGUAAGCUCAGUUGAUCUCCUUGUAAGAAAUUUGAACCGAACUAAAUAGAAUGAACCCUCAACACAUUUACACUGCAGGUCAUAGCAGAUAACUGUGGCUAAGGCAAUCACAGCGGUACAGGAGAGAAGGAAGCCAGAAGAAGCCAGAGGGGAAGCCCUUGGCUGGCAGAAGUCAUUCUUCUAAGAAACUGGCGGUAUUUGAGCUGCAGCGGGGUUCUGAUCACUGAUGGCACCCCCAGUGAGUUAAGAAAGUAAAGCAGUGCAGAAUUGCAGAGGGUAAUAUGGAUCCAGAGGAGUUUCCUCCUCCUCCACCUGAAGCUCUAGAAAAUGAGUUUAAAAGUGCCACUAAUAAUAAUGAAGAGGAAGAAGGAGAACAAUUUGAUUUCGACAGUGGAGAUGAAAUUCCGGAAGCUGAUAGGCAAGCACAUUUACCAUCAUCCGAAUCUGACUCCAAAGGCUUUGCUGAAAAUAAAGAAGUUCCAUCUACAGGGGAAUGUUCAGAAGAUGGGAAUGAAACUGGAGGAGAUAAUUCGCAAGCUGCAGAAGCUGGCAAACUACCUGUACACAUGAAAGUAAAUCCAUAUUCAGUCAUCAAUAUUACACCAUUCCAGGAGAAGGAGCAAUUGUCACCAGAUCCAGGUGCUGAAGAAGAAAAUUCAAGCUCCAGUGUGCCCAGUGUUUAUUCUGUUCCUGUGCCUUGUGGUUAUGCAGUUCCCUCCAAUUUACCACUGAUACUUCCAGCCUACUCUAGCCCCAUAAUCAUUCGUACUCUCUCUGUGGAUGAAGAAGUGGAUACACAGGAGGUGACAGAAGAGUCCCAUUUCAAUUCAUUAAGUUCAGAAGAUCCUCCAAACAGUGAAGACCAGGUCAAUAAAGAAGACAGUCCUCUAGCCAAAUGGGUUGCUGAUCCUGCCAAUACAGCAUGGAUGGAAAACCCAGAAGAAGUGAUUUAUGAUGAUGUGCCAAGAGAAAAUUCAGACUCAGAACCAGAGGAAAUGAUUUAUGAUGAUGUUGAGAAUGGGGAUGAAGGUGGCAACAGCUCUUUGGAUUAUGGGUGGAGUUCAAGUGAAUUUGAAAGCUAUGAAGAACAAAGUGAUUCAGAAUGCAAAAAUGGGAUUCCCAGCUCCUUUUUGCGAGGCAACCACAAAAAACAACUGUCUCAUGACCUAACCCGUUUAAAGGAGCACUAUGAGAAAAAGAUGAAAGAUUUGAUGGCAAACACUGUGGGAGCAGUAGAGAUUCAGCAGCUAAAGCAAAAACAUGAGCUGAAGAUGCAAAAACUUAUGCGGGCAGCAAAAGAAGGUACCAAAGAUGGCCUUGAAAAAACCAAAGCUGCUGUGAAGAAAGGCCGCUCAUUCAUCCGGACUAAAUCAUUUGUUUCCAAUGAACAUAGAUCUUGUCUUCAAGAGGAAGAGCUUAAUUUAUUUAUUGAUGUUGAUUGUGUGCACACAGAGGCGAUCAUGACCCCAAUGCCAGAAGGUCUGUCCCAGCAGCAGGUUGUAAGAAGAUACAUUUUGGGUUCAGUUGUUGAAAGUGAAAAAAACUAUGUGGAUGCUCUUAAAAGGAUUUUGGAGCAAUAUGAGAAACCACUUUCAGAGAUGGAACCAAAAGUUUUGAGUGAAAGGAAGCUAAAGAUGGUGUUUUAUCGCAUUAAGGAAAUCCUUCAGUGUCAUUCUAUGUUCCAGAUCGCUUUGGCCAGUCGGGUAUCAGAGUGGGAUUCUGUUGAAAUGAUUGGAGAUGUCUUUGUUGCUUCGUUUUCCAAGUCUAUGGUGCUGGAUGCUUACAGUGAAUAUGUGAAUAAUUUUAGUACAGCUGUGGGAAUUCUCAAGAAAACAUGUGCUACUAAACCAGCUUUUCUGGAGUUCUUGAAGCAGUGCCAAGAAUCAAGCCCUGAUCGAAUUACCCUCUAUGGUUUGAUGAUGAAGCCAAUACAACGCUUUCCACAGUUUAUUCUCCUCCUCCAGGACAUGUUGAAGAACACCACAAAAGGACACCCUGACAGGCUACCCCUGCAGAUGGCGCUUACAGAGCUCGAAACAUUGGCAGAGAAGCUCAACGAAAGAAAAAGAGAUGCAGACCAGCGAUGUGAAAUCAAGCAGAUAGCAAAAGCCAUAAAUGAAAGAUACUUGAACAAGCUUCUCAGCAGUGGCAAUAGAUAUCUUAUUCGUUCUGAUGACAUGGUAGAGACUGUUUACAAUGACAGAGGAGAAAUCGUCAAAACCAAAGAACGUCGACUCUUCAUGUUGAAUGAUGUGUUAAUGUGUGCUACUGUUAGUGCCCGCACGUCACAUGAAAGCAGUGGGGCUGUAUCAACCAGCCAAAGAUACUUACUAAAAUGGAGCGUUCCUCUUGGACAUGUAGAAGUCAUAGAAUACAGCAGUGGUCAAGGCCAAGGAGAAAAUAGCAGAUACCCUCAAGCACAUUCCACUGAAAGUAUUAUCGUGGUCGCCAAUGCAAAGCCACACAAACUUUACAUGGGACCAGGACAAUUGUACCAUGAUUUACAGAAUUUGUUGCAUGACUUGAACGUAGUUGGUCAAAUCAGUCAAUUGAUAGGAAACCUAAAAGGAAACUAUCAGAACUUGAAUCAGUCAGUUGCACAUGAUUGGACAUCAGGUUUACAAAAGCUUAUCAUGAAAAAAGAAGAUGAAAUCCGAGCAGCUGAUUGCUGUAGAAUUCAGUUGCAGCUCCCAGGGAAACAAGACAAGUCUGGACGGCCUACUUUCUUUACAGCUGUGUUUAAUACAUUUACUCCAGUCAUCAAACAAUCUUGGAUCAACAAUUUACAGAUGGCUAAACUUGCCCUGGAGGAGGAAAACCAUCUGGGCUGGUUCUGUGUAGAAGAUGAUGGGAAUCAGAUAAAAAAGGAGAAGCAUCCCCUUCUUGUUAAACAUAUGCCAGUGAUGGUGGCCAAACAGCAGGAGUUUAAGAUUGAAUGUGCUGCUUAUAAUCCAGAACCUUAUCUUGGCAAUGAAACUGAGCCAGAUUCAUUUUCCAUGCAGCAUGGAUUCCUAUGGAUUGGCAGCUGUACUAAUCAAAUGGGCCAAAUAGCCAUCAUUUCAUUCCAACAUUCCAGCCCCAAAGUGAUUGAAUGCUUUAAUGUGGAAUCACGGAUUCUUUGUAUGGUGUACAUUCCAGUGGAUGAGAAACAUAAAGAGUCCAAAGUCACUUCUGAUUCUGAAACUGUGGUUGGAAAAACUUCAGAUGUACCUACUAUUUGUCUAGGCACAGAAGAAGGAAGCAUUUCUAUUUAUAAAAGUAGUCAAGGCUCGAAAAAGGUGCGACUUCAACACUUUUUCACACCUGAGAAGUCUACUGUCAUGAGCUUAACUUGUACAUCUCAGUAUCUCUAUGCUGGUCUUGUCAAUGGGAACGUUGUUGUCUACACCAAAACAGAAGAUGGAUCAUGGAAUUCUGAGCCUCAAAAAGUGGUCAAAUUAAGUGUCCUGCCCGUUAGAAGUCUACUAAUGAUGGAAGAUACGAUAUGGGCAGCAUCUGGUGGACAAGUGUUUAUUAUCAAUAUUGAGACUCAUUCUAUAGAGAACCAUCUAGAGGCCCAUCAAGAAGAGGGAAUGGUAAUCUCUCACAUGGCAGUUGCUGGAGUUGGCAUCUGGAUUGCCUUUACAUCUGGAUCUACUCUCCGCCUUUUUCACACAGAGACACUAAAACAUCUCCAAGACAUUAACAUAGCCACCCCUAUUCAUCAUAUGAUGUCAGGACAACAACGAGUGUCUGUGACUAGCCUGCUGGUAUGCCAUGGCUUAUUAAUGGUUGGAACAAAUCUGGGAAUCAUUGUAUCACUACCAGUUCCUCGUUUGCAAGGAAUUCCUAAAGUGACCGGCAGAGGGAUGGUGUCGUACCACGCACACAACGGCCCUGUGAAAUUUCUUGUUACGGCUACAGCUUUGAACAGGAAAAACAACAGUCACUCCAGGAACAGCCUGCUUCCCAACGCUGAAGCCCAGGAUGAGGAGCAGAAGGACCUCCUUCCCAAUGAGCUUCCAGGUUCCUGUCUGAAUCAGAGCACCCCUGACAGUGCGGUGUGGUUAGGGGACUCGGUGGGAUCCAUCCCCCCAAAAAGCGACCUGUCGUCAUCCUCUGGAUCACUAACCUUGUCUCACGGAUCCAAUUCUUUGGAGCACGGACCGGAAGAUAGCACCAUUUAUGAACUCUUAAAAGAUCCAAAUAUUGCACUUAAAGGGAAGAGCCACCAAUUUAAGAAAAGCAAGGCAAGUUCAGUAUUAGUCAUCUGUGGAGGACAAGGGCAUCGAAGGGUGAAUAAAAAAGCCAAGCAACAGCGGCAAGAUGAGCUGGGUUCCUCUGUGAUGGUCUGGCAGAUUCCUCUAUUAAAUAUAUAAAAGUGAAUACAGCCAAUUCAACAGUUAUCAAAUCUGCAACUAAGGAUAUGAUUUAACUAAAUCAUAGGACAUAUGAUUUAGACUGUGUCGACAUUGAUGUGUAUGGAGAGGGGAAGCACAGUAUUUAGGGAAAACACGUGCAAUAUAGUAGUGGUGACUACUCUGUCAGGUUGCCAGCUUUAUUCUCUGCUCCAGAAUUGGGAUUACAAGCACUACAGAAACAAGUUUCAAAUUUAAAGCAUUUUUUUUUUUGUAAUUUGAAAAGUGCAAGGAAAUGUGUGCCAGGUUUUUGUUUUUAUAUUUUGCUACUCUAGCACAUAGCCUAAAUGCUAAACUGGUCACAUUGAUUCAACUUUUUCAAAGCUCUUCUGAUAUAAUCAACCUAAAGACAUUCUCAAACUAUGAAUUCGCACUUGCUAUAAAGUCAGCAUAUGCGAUAGGGCAAGAAGACAUUCUAUUAACAAUUCUUAAAACAUUCCUACAAAUUUUCAAACGUGAUUUUAUUUAUGUUUUCUUUUAUAUAUUUCAGAGUAAAAUGUGUAACAGUUAGAAAAGGCAGGGAACACAUAUCAUUCAGUUGCUCUUGUUUGCUUUCAUGAGUCAGCUAUUUUUCCCAAAGUGAUAUCAUGCAUUUUUGUAUAUUUUAACAAAGUAGCAUUUUAUAUUACACUUUUUCAAUAAAAAUUUGAGGUGAAAAUUGUAUUUGAUGUAUAAUCUAUAACGAUAUUCCAUAAAAGAGCAAGUUUUCAAACAAAAAUGUUCAGCAAGUUAAUAACCUUCAGAUGGCUACUAACAGACAACAUAUUAUUAUCUUCUAAUAUUAAAUAACAUUAAUACUUAAAAAACUAGAAUCCUGUGUACUUGCAGUGUUAUAAGAAGUAUAGUGUAGAAAAAUUGUUAGCUAUUCCUUUCGCAGGGUCUCUAGUAUUCACCAAACUUGGAUCAGCAUAGCUAUUUCUCCAUUCAGACUGAAUAUUCAUUCUGAAGAAUUCUUGGUGCUAGCUUUUGUGCAUACUUCAUUGCUGGCAGUGGGGCAUAAGCCAAGAAAACCGACUCCUUUUAUCCCAUUUUCUGCAAAACGCACUAGUUGUGUUCUGCAGUUGUAUAGCCAACUAUACCACGUUGAGAUACAUGAGUAAUGCAUGAUUUACAUUUCAUUCAAGACUGUAUAUAUGUCAAUAUUUUACUUGCAAAAAAAGCAAAUGACUAAUGGAGGUAUUCAUUUGAAAUCAAUUUCUGGGCACUUUACAGAUGUUUUUUUUUUAAUUCUACUUUUAUGAUAUAGAGAAAUAUUUUCUAAGGUUCAUCUGCAUUCUUAUGAAAAUAAUGUUUUAAUCUCUCUUAAGCUUUCUAAACUGUUAGCUGCUAUCUGGUUUGAUAAAUAAAACCUGACUUUUAUUUAGAAACAA